AUGAAAACACAGGAUGUCCCAGGGAGCCUGCUGAAGCCUUCCCUUCACUGGUUUUCUUUUCAGCAGGACGAAAUCCUGUUGACUCCCUGGAGGGAAUUUCCUGUUGAAGACACAGACCCCUUUGCUUCCCCGAAUGAAGAGAAGUGGGAUUUUGUCCUGGUGAGCGACAUCCACGAAAUGGGUAGCGAGAAGGAGAUCAAGAGGAAGAAGUUCUUGGAUGAGCUGAGCAAGAAGGGCUUCACCAUCAAGAAAAUUGAGGACACGAAGCUCUUUUAUGGAGUCCGUGCCCCGCAGCACAUCUUCCGGAAAUACCAGUGUCUCCUGAAGAACCCAGACAGCAGGCAGCAAAACCCCAACACCCACCAGGAUGUCCCAGUGACCACCAGGAUACGGAUCGUGCACUUCAUCCUGCAGAACACUGUGACAUCCGACCUAGAGAAGCUGCAUGACCUAAUGAAGAAGAAGGUGUUUGAGGCAGCCUUUCCCCUGCAUGAGAAAGAAGAGGUAAGGGAAUUCCUGAAGGCAAAGUGGGCUCGCUGGAGAGUUGUAUUUAAGCAACAGCCGAUCGAGAAGAUCAGGUGCUAUUUUGGAGAGAAGGUGGCCUUGUACUUCGCCUGGCUGGGCUGGUACACCUACCUGCUGGUUUUCGCUGCCGUGGCUGGGYUGGUGACCGUCGUGGCUGGGACCACUGUUUACAGUUCCAGCCAGGUGAGCAAGGAGAUCUGUGAUGCCAACACCACCAUCAUGUGCCCGCUUUGUGACCAGAAGUGCCCGUUCUGGGUCCUCUCUGACACCUGCACCUACGCCAAGGUCACUCACAUGAUUGACAACGAGGCCACGGUCGUGUUUGCCAUGUUCAUGGCCAUCUGGGCCACUGUGUUCCUGGAGCUGUGGAAGAGGGAGAGAGCCACUGUGGUCACCGACUGGGACCUCUAUGGGUGGGAUGAGGAAGAGGAGGAGCUGGCUCUGGAGCUGAUCAAUAAUUUGCAGCACGAGCCCCGGCUGUACCAGCACUCCUACUUCCGCAGCACCAUCGUCCUUGUCUUGGUUCUGCUGAUGAUCGUGCUGCUGAUCGGCAUUGCCCACGCACUGGUCAUCUACCGGGUAGUGGCCAUGGCCCUGUUCACGCAGAGCCAGCUGGAGCUGCUGCGYGAGCACGCCAACACCAUGGCCGUGAUGACAGGGGCCGUGCUGCACUACAUCACCAUCGUCAUCAUGACCAAGGUCAACCGGCAUGUGGCCCUCUUCCUCUGUGACCUGGAGAAACCACGGACCUUCUCCCAGCGGGAGAACAGCUUCACUGUGAAGAUCUUCACCUUCCAGUUCUUCACAAACUUYUCCUCACUCAUCUACAUAGCCUUCUUCCUGGGACGGAUCAACGGCCACCCRGGGCACUACGUGCGCAUCGCUGGCCGCUGGAGGCUGGAGGAGUGCCACCCCAGCGGCUGCAUCACCGACCUCUUCAUCCAGAUGGCCAUCAUCAUGCUGCUCAAGCAAACCAUCAGCAACAUCAUGGAAUAUCUGGUCCCCUGGAUAUCCCACCAUCUACGGAAGAAGCCUAAACACCCCAAGAAGAGAAGCGUGAUGUUAGGAGAGGAGGAGGAGGCCGAGGACCCCUGCAAAAGGCAGUGGCUGAACAACUACGAACUCAAUGAGGUCAACGUCUUCAGCUUGUUCAAUGAGUUCUUGGAGAUGGUGAUCCAGUACAGCUUCACCACCAUCUUCGUGGCAGCCUUUCCCCUGGCCCCGCUGCUGGCCCUCCUCAACAACGUCAUCGAGAUCCACAUGGAYGCCAUCAAGAUGAUGCGGCUGCACCGGCGCAUGGUGCCCAGGAAGGCCAAUGACAUCGGGAUUUGGCUGCAGGUCCUGGAGGCCAUUGGCAUCCUGGCUGUCAUUGGGAACGGGCUGGUGAUUGCCAUCACCUCUGACUUCAUCCCUGUGCAGGUCUACAAGUACAUGUACAGCCCCUGCUCCAGGGAGAACCGCACUAUCAUGGACUGCUCCACCGGYUACAUCAACAACAGCCUCUCCGUGUUCCGCAUCCAAGACUUCGAGCCCCACACCAAAGUGCCCGACAUGCUGCCGGAAUUUGAUGGGGAUCAGAUCAAGGAGUGCAGGUACCGGGAUUACCGGAACGCCGACGACUACACCUACACUGUCCAGUUCUGGCACAUCUUCGCAGCCCGGCUCGCCUUCCUCAUCCUCUUUGAGCACGUGGCUCUGUGUGUGAAGCUGAUCGCAGCCUGGUACAUCCCUGACGUCCCCCAGAAGGUCAAGAAUAAAUUUCUGAGGAAAAAACACAGCAAUCUCCGUAAAGAACUGAGCAUGAUGGAAUACUCCACCGAGGUGUAGCCAGCGCUCACCGAGGAGCAGGAGAACAUGGACUUGAGCCCUUUUCCCAGCCUGGCAGUGCYGGGGGUGCCAGAUCAACCCCAUGACAUAGUGCCACAUGUCCCAUCUGGGACUUGAGCUGUGAAGGGAUGACAAGACAGUGACUUCACAGGAGCAGGCUKCUUUCCCACUUGGGAAGGAAGGACGCUGUGACAGAGCCGGGAUGUGCCUCCCCAGCACGUGGAGUGGCUGGGACAGUGCUGUGGCGCUGGGGACGUGUUUCCAGGGGAGCACUCGGCUGCUUGGCUGCAGGASAUGACCUGGGUCCUCGUCACUCGCUUCCUCAAGCACAGGAAAACACCACUUACCUCACUCCAAGCUCCCCCUCCUGCCCUUUUUUUUUCUUUUUUUGCACUUUGGCCUCUUUUUCCACUGCCUCCCAUGACCUCCCCACGCUCGCACCGCUGGGGAACUUGAGUCCCUCUUUCACCACACUGCUCCCCGGCACGACUCCCACGUGGCUGCAGCUCCGCCCCGCUGUCUCCAUGGACAUUGCAAAAAUGCCGUUGUUAUCCCGUGUUUCGCUCCAGGCAGAGCCGGGUCCUGACAGUUGUGCCGGGCUCAGCUGCCGCCAGCCAUCGGUAAAUAAAAGCAGCACCCACGUGGACACACAG